AUGGAGUUCACAAAUGCAUUAGAUUUAUAUAAAAUCGAGCAGAAAGAUGAACUGUUGGAAACUGGUCUUCCAUCAUUAGAUGGUAUUUUUGGAGGUGGCAUCCCACCGAGUACUUUUCUUGAAAUUGUUGGUUUAUCCGCAGCGGGGAAAUCGCAAUUUUGUAUGCAGUUAGCCGUACAUAUACAGAAAAAUCGAAAGAAGAAAGGUAGUGUAUAUGUAGAUACAGAGGGUGGAUUUCGUACAAAACGUAUCUGCCAUAUGGCGACAAGCGUCACUGGUUUAGAACCAUCUGAAUCGCUGAAACAUAUACGAGUUAGCCGUUGUCGAGAUUUGAUCGAACUAAUGCGCACCAUUUAUCAAUUAGAAUCAUUAGUGCAACAAAAUCCUGAUAUUGGUCUCAUUAUUGUGGAUAGUGUUGCUAUGCUUCUGCGUGGAGAAAACGAUUACGCAUUACGCUGCAGACUUGAAAUUUCCCGAGUUCUUUCAAAAUUAGCAGCUUCCUAUAGAUUAGUUGUGAAUUUUUAA